AUGGCCGACGGGCUGCCUCCGGGGUACCGUUUCUACCCCACGGAGGAGGAGCUGAUAUGCUUCUACCUGCGCAACAAGCUCGACGGCAGCCGCGGCGACAUAGAGCGCGUCAUCCCCGUCGUCGACGUCUACUCCGUCGACCCCUUGCAGCUCUCAGAGAUCCACGAGAGGCUGCGCGGCGGCGGUGGCGGUGAGGGGGAGCCGUGGUUCUACUUCUGCGCGCGGCAGGAGCGGGAGGCGCGGGGCGGGCGGCCCAGCCGGACCACGCCGUCGGGGUACUGGAAGGCGGCGGGCACGCCCGGGGUCGUCUACUCCGCCGACCGCCGGCCCAUCGGGCUGAGGAAGACCAUGGUGUUCUACCGAGGCCGCGCGCCGUCCGGGACCAAGACCAAGUGGAAAAUGAACGAGUACAGGGCCUUCCAGCACGAGCACAACGACGACGCCGCCGGCGCACCCACGGCAACCGGGGGUCCCCACGCCGCUGCGCCACCGAACCUCCCUCCGCAGCUGAGAAGCGAGUUCAGCUUGUGUCGACUCUACACCAAAUCGGGGACACUGAGGCAGUUCGAUCGACGGCCGGUUGCAGCGGCUGCACGCGGUGACAUUCCGGGGCCAUCCACGGCAGCCACCGCGUCGCCCGACGACGGUGACGGCUCCGGUGGAUCCAUGCAGCCGCUUGAGGAGGAUCUGAUGGAAGGAGCUGGCGUGGGAGGAGAUGUUCCCGUCAACUAUGAAGGCAUCUGUGGCGACUUCGUCAAUCUCAAAAUAAAAUGUCAGCUCGGUCUCUCGGAGGUGCUCAUAGUGCUGCCGUCGGAGUGGCUGCCAGUGCUGGACAUGCUCGUCGGUGCUAGGGAUUUGGCCGAUCGGGGAAAUGGGAGCAUCGGGGAGGGGAGCGGAGCGAAGUGGAGUGAGCUAGGGUUUCUGCCGAAUGUGGGGUUUUAUGGGGUCGGGUGGGCCAGCCGUGGGCCGAGCUGA